AUGGAACCGGAUAUGAUCCUCACUUUUUUCAAGCUGGGAUCAACCAUUUUAUAUAUUUGUAUGGAGUUAUUUAUAUAUACAUAUUUAUUUGACAACAUGAACGUAAAGAGAGAAUUGAUAAAUUUUAGUUUAUACUCUUGCAAUUGGACCCAGACGGAUUUGAAAUUUAAAAAAUUGGUAUUAUUGGCUAUGCGGAUGAAUGAUGCUAAUAAUUUUGUGAUAAAAGCUUCUCCGAAAAAGAUAAUCAACCUUCAAGUUUUCGCUAGUAUAAUGUCUAUGUCAUACAACAUUGUCUCCGUUAUGCUCAAAACAACGAAUACGAAAAAUACAAUUUCAGAGUAG